AUGGACGACGAUGGCAGCCGCGCCAAGCGAUUAAAGACAGACGACGGCGGCUCUCGUGCCGCCGGCUCCGAAGCGGCGGAAGCCGCUGCCGUGGGGGCUGGUGAGGCCGCCGCCGCAGGGAAGGCGGGCGGUGCGGAGCUGGGCGGCAGUGAUAUCGCGGGCAGCGUCGACGGAGGGGCGAUACCGACAGAAUCGACGGACGGCGAUGGCGGUGGAAAGGCGAACGGCGAGGGGCGUCAAAGCGAAAGCGAGCAGGCGGAUCAUGGCAGAGGAGGGGCGAGCGAGGGGGAUGCGGCGGAGGCGGCGGGCAGCGGGAGGACGAGGGAGGCGCGCGGCGACGGCGAGCUGGUGACGCGGGUGGCGGCGGGGCAGGCGGAGGACCGCGGCAGCCGGCACACGUUCGAGGACGUGGUGGUGGCCGUGGCGAACGCGUGGGGCGACGCGGAUGACGCACCGCGCGGCGCGGACAGGCUCAGGUGCUCGUUCUAUGCGGUGCUGGACGGGCAUGGCGGGCGGCGAGCAGCGGAGUGGGCAGCCAAGCACGUGAACGCCGCUAUCAUUGCGGCAGGCCUGCCACGUGAGUCGGUGGACAUCAAGAAGGCCAAGCGAGCCAUCAUUGAAGGCAUGAAGAGCACGGACGAGCAGCUGCUCAAGGAGAGCCUCGCAGGCAACUGGCAGGACGGAGCGACAGCAGUGUGUGUGUGGGUGCUGGGCCAACAUGUGUUUGUUGCCAAUCUGGGCGAUGCCAAGGCAGUGCUGGCGAGGGAGGCAGAUGCAGCUGUACCGCCAGCUGCCACCACGCCCACAGCAGCAAGCCUCCCGGCAGGGAGUGGGCCAGGCAGUGGGGCAGGCAGUGAGGGUGCGGCGCUCAAGGCCAUCGUGGUGACUCGCGAGCACAAGGCAAUCUUCCCAGCCGAGAGGCAGCGUAUUGAGAAGGCUGGAGGCUCAGUCAUCAAUGGUCGCAUUCUCGGUCGCUUGGAGGUCUCUCGUGCUUUCGGGGACCGCCAGUUUAAGAAGGCCGGGGUAUCAUGCACGCCUGACAUCAGUGUCUUUCACCUGUCCCCGCGUGACCGCUUUCUCCUGCUUGCCUGUGACGGCCUCUGGGGGGUGUUCAGUCCUGCUGAUGCUGUCGAGUUCACGCAGGACCUUUUGCAG